CUUCUGCAGGAGGAACUGUGCAGUGAGCAGGAGACUUUUAAACUUUAAAAAGACACGCUGUCACUUGUUCAUUUUACUCUCCAAGAACUACUUGGAGUUUGUUUUCACCAGUUUGGAUCUAAAAGGUAACACUUUCUAAGAAUGGGUGACUGGAGUGCCUUAGGAAGACUCCUUGACAAAGUGCAGGCCUAUUCCACUGCUGGAGGAAAAGUGUGGCUGUCGGUCCUGUUCAUCUUUCGCAUCCUGUUAUUAGGAACAGCGGUGGAGUCAGCAUGGGGGGAUGAACAGUCAGCAUUCCGUUGCAACACUCAACAACCUGGUUGUGAGAAUGUCUGCUAUGACAAGUCAUUUCCAAUCUCUCACGUACGUUUUUGGGUUCUCCAAAUUAUAUUUGUCUCUACGCCGACGCUCCUAUAUUUAGCACAUGUGUUUUACUUGAUGCGUAAAGAAGAAAAAUUGAACAGGAAAGAAGAAGAACUGAAAAUUGUCCAAAAUGAUGGAGGUAAUGUGGACAUGCACCUUAAGCAAAUUGAAAUAAAAAAAUUCAAGUAUGGCAUUGAAGAACAUGGAAAAGUCAAAAUGCGUGGUGGUUUACUUCGUACCUAUGUGAUCAGCAUCCUAUUCAAAUCCUUCUUUGAAGUUGGUUUCCUAGUGAUCCAGUGGUACAUGUAUGGGUUCAGUCUAAAUGCUAUCUACACUUGUGUAAGGGAACCCUGUCCACAUAAAGUCGAUUGCUUCCUUUCCCGUCCCACUGAGAAAACUAUUUUUAUUUGGUUUAUGUUGGUGGUGUCUUUGGUAUCACUAGCACUGAAUAUUAUUGAGUUGUUCUAUGUCACUUUCAAAAGUAUCAAGGAUGGCAUAAAAGGAAAAAAAGAUCCCUAUUCUACUACAAGUGACCCUGUUAAUCCUGGCAAAGAUUGUGGCUCAACUAAAUAUGCUUAUUUUAAUGGCUGUUCUUCUCCAACUGCACCUAUGUCACCACCAGGUUACAAACUUGUUACUGCAGACACAAAUCCUUCUUCCUGCCGUAAUUACAACAAGCAAGCUAGUGAACAAAACUGGGCUAAUUAUAGUGCAGAGCAGAACAGGAUGGGUCAAGCUGGAAGCACCAUCUCAAAUUCUCAUGCACAGCCAUUUGAUUUUCCUGAAGAACACCAGAAUGUCAAGAAAAUGGCACCUGGACAUGAAAUGCAGCCACUCGGUAUAUUAGACCAUAGACCAUCAAGCAGAGCAAGCAGCCAUGCAAGCAGCAGACCCAGACCAGAUGACCUGGAGAUCUAGCCCACUUUCAUAUAUUAGUAGAAAGCAAAUGUUGUUGCAUGGAGGAGGUACUUCACUGUCUCAAAGAGAUUUAACAAGCAGAAAGACUUUUGAAAAGUACUUUUUUCAUGAUGUGGAAGGUACACAUUGAUAUAGUUGGAUGCAUCCUUUGCUAUAUCACUCAGAAAAAUAGGGUAACAUACUGUACAUUCUUGAAAACAUGCAUGGCUUUGCAUGUCAUCAGACCAUCCAGAGAGUAGAAAUGUUUGUGUGGUCUGUAACAUUAUUUUGCUGAGGGGAGAGUACCAUACUACUUAGAAUAAGAAGAAGGAUUUCUUGUGAACUAAAUAAAUAAUAGUUUGAUUGUCUGGAACAGUUCUGAGAUAAUUAUGGAGUAGGCAGUUAGUGCAUAUAUCCAUAAUGAACAUUAUUUUUAUAUAAUGAUACAUUUUGAAUGUUUUAUGAAUGAAUUAGUAUUUUUUAAUCAAUUUCCAGGAAUUGGGUAGAGUAAAUUACUCAAAACAUCCAAUUAAUUUGUCUCGUGAGCAAAUAGAAACAGUUCAAACCAUCUUUAUGGCCACUAUAUGGAAUUAACAUAAUAAAUAUUAUUCACAUCUUUCAAAUCGGCAGAUGUAUUUCUUAAUUUAAGGUUCACAUGAUCUGUCUAUUUUUUUCUGCAGUCGACACUUUAGUUUUAGCCAUCACUGUGAACAAGUUAUUGAAAGUAGUUGGAAUUCCCUUGUUUGUGUAGAUGUUAUCAUGAACCUUAUUCCUUAAAUGUGAAGCCACUUGCUUUAUGACAAAAAAUGGGUUAGGUUUAGAAUGUAUUGAUUAAAGCACAUUGUUUAUGAAUAUGUUUAUUAAUAUCCAUUAAUCCGGACCAUCAAGUGUCACAAUCUGCUUUUGUAUUUAUUCUGGUCUAUGCUUAUGUCAUGAAGCAAUGUCAGCACAUGUAGAUCCCAGGGAUUUAUUUUAGCUCUCAGACAGUGGCAUAUUUUUCUCACUUAGAGGGAGAUGUACUAAGUCUUGAAAAGCGAUAAAAUGGAUAGUGAUAAAGUAACAGCCAAUCAGAUCCUAGCUGCCAUGUUACAAGCUGUGUUUGAACAAUGACAGGAGCUGGUUGGCUGGUACUUUCUCUCUCUCCACUUUAUCACUUUUUAAGGCUUAGUACAACUGUUUCUUAGAUAUGACCAACAUAACUCAUAGAAUUGGUACCAGUAUAUUGACAGAUAGCGAUAGCACAGAGGGGGACUACAGUAUUCAGCAUGCUUUAGUUUUCACAUGUAUUUCCUGCAUUUCUCAGAUAACUUUCAGUGAGACUUCAUAUUUGAAUUCCAUGUGAUUGCAUCAUAUAUGUAAUUUUACAUUCCCUUUGACACUCUCUGUUUUAUUUCUUAAAAAUGACGUUGACCAAUGGACAAAAUGAAUACCAUAAACAAGUGCCUGCAUUACCUGUGUGCAGCUGUAAAAUCACCUGCCAUAAUAUAAGCAGGUUAGAAACAAGGUACGCUAGAAGACUUUGGGCAAAAUGCUAUAUAAAAUAGUAUUUAGGUUCUUAAGAUAAAGUGUUCUUUCUACAUAUUGCCUUAAGUUGAGGUCACUAAAAUCUGAACCAGUUGCUUUUAAAGUUGAGAUCAACGCACACAUAAAAGUAAUAAAAAGGUUCAAAUAGUAUCCAACAUACUGUACUUAAUUGCAACCAUAAUUGCUUUUCUUUCAUUCAAUUUUCCAUUAGACCUUUACCCUUAACAUUCUUGAUUUUCUCAAGAUAUUCCUGAUGUCUGACUGACAAAAGGGGGUAUAGCCUCCUAGAUUGUGACUUUAGCUAAAUGUCGGCAUGGCUGGGUAUGUCACGCAUUUAGCCUUUAUUGUCUGAUUUUAUUAUAUAUGACAACAUUUGGAGGCAUGAAUAAUAAAACACUUCAAAUAAAUCUCAUAUGGUUGCUAUAGGUCACAGUAUAGUUGUGCUAUUUCUUCCAUAUAAGCGAAAGCUCUUUAUGAGAUCGUUGCAUGCCUAAUAAAGUUAUGUAACGUCUGACACAAGAGGCAAUGAUAUGGUAAUGUGCCAUUGAAGCACAUAGUCAUCCUUGCUUGUUUUUCAUGUUGUUAUCCAGAUUUAUAUUUUUUUCCAUAUAUGUAUAUGCUGUAUUCUUUUUUUGGAUGUUGCAUAUUGUUUUAUUAAUAUUUUUAUAUGGUGUGUCUUUCUUAAAGCGAGAUGAAUAAAUUUAUGGCAUAAAUGAUUUAAUUGUUUAAGGUGUAAUCAAAGAAGCUUGAAUUGUAGUAGUAAUAAUGUAGUACUGUAAACAUACUUUAUUUGUUUGCUAUGUGAGAAACUCAACAGAAAUGCUUAGAGCUGGAACAUGAUUUAAUAUAGCUGCAUGGGCCCUGAUAUAGGGGAAUAAGUAUCACUUCCCGGAACCCACUAAGUUUAUCUCACUAUGGCAUGAACAUUUUAGAAAAUGAUGUUUCCUUUUCUCAGUAUUUAAUAAUAACUGCAAUGGAUUCUCAUUUCAUUUUUACAAGAUAUGAAUGCCUAGAUGAACCUUUGGCAUUGAAGCAUUGGGGUUUCUACUGUAUAAUGCCCACACCACAAACACCACCCACCCUGCACCCAAAAUUAUACUUACCUCUCUGGAGUCCUGUGGUGGCCGGUGCUACAGAGCAGUUUAAAAUAUCACUAGGAAAAUGGUGUGGCGGUCAUUAUUCCAGUGAUUUGUGCCUACUCAAUAGAGAAGUCACCAGGAACGUGUUCCCGGAGACCUGCGCAUGUGCUGGGAACUCUGGCACAAAACCAGCGCCCACUGCCAGAGGGGAGGGUGCCUGCAUGGAUCCUGCACAAAGCCUCGCUCCUCUCCUAAACUGCCUAUGUAUUGAACAUGUGUUUUCUCUACAAGCACAGAGUGAAUGUCAAAACCACUGAGAUGUCUUACAGUAGUUAUGCAGUAACAUAAGACAUGCUGAGAUAAGUUUAGAAAGGGCAGUUAGGAAGUCAUAUAUUCCCUCUUAGAGAGUCCAGCAUUGUGAAUGAUGUAAUUAUGUACUGUACACUAGAAUUCAUUACUCUGAAGAGACUAAUUUUGUACAUUGAAUUAUGAUCUGGUUGCUUCAACCAUUGUAAUAUUUGCACUUGGGAUAUGUUUAGAAUGCAAGAGUGUCUGGAAAUACUCUUGUUCAUUAAUACACCUAGAGCUAAUUUAUUUGAAACACUGCAUACAGUAUGUUAAAUUUGCUGAGCGUACAUAUUUUGUGCACCAGGGGUUAAACAUCUCUUCCUAAUAUUCACAGCACCAUUAUCUUCAUCCAGAAAAAAAUGAUCCAGAUAUGACAUGUGUAGUAUGUAUGACUUCUAUACUAUGAGAGAAAGAAGGUUACAACAGUAAUUGUAAUUGAUAUUUUCCAUAACUACUGUUACGCAAAGCUUUAUUUCAUGUAUGUAGUCAUGGUUCAUUAGCAAAUGUUCUAAAGGUGAUUCAUUUAGACAAUAAAGUUCUACUUUAGUAAAA